AUGGGAGAUUCAUUACCUCUCACACUAACUCUGCCUGAGCCCAAUUACCCUAUUGGUUCAGAGCCAAAGGAAAAAAAGGUGUCAAUAAACCAACAUUCAACCUCGAUGUAUAUCUCCAUUGUUGAGAGUAUUCUAACAGCAGAUGAGAUUGAGAGAGUACGAGGUUUUUUGGGACCUGUAAUGAGGCUCAGUGGGAGGAGUGAAAUGAAAUUAUCAGGAAAGACUGUCUACGGUAUUCUCACAAGAAGCAUCGUUACUGUCAAAAAGAAUGAAGCUUGGUUCCAUUUCGCUGGUCAGCCAAUGAAGUUCUCUAUAAGAGAAUUUCAUAUGGUGACCGGUUUGAAAUGUAAUGGUGAAGUAGAAGGACCACGAGGGGAAUAUGAGUGGGACUUGCUAAAGGGGCGUACUCAUAAGUUAAGCGACGUGUUGAACCAGCUCAAAAAGACAAGAGUAGAUGCUUUUGAUGAGAGAGUUUGCCUCGCAAUGCUCCUCCUGGUAGAGAGCAUAUUGCUGCCGAAGAACAACAAAGGGACUUUCCCUUUGGAGUAUGUCAACAAAGCAAAGGAUAUGAUGUAUCCAUGGGGAAGAGACGCUUACCUGGUGCUCCUGAGGUCAAUUCAAAAAGCUGUCGCAAACCACCUGGAGGAUACUUCAAAAUUCGAGUUGCAAGGUUAUCCUCUAGUAUUCCAUCUUUGGAUACUAGAGUCCAUUCCCUUGCUACGAGAUAUGUUCAGUAAUUGGGCACCGACUGUUGAUGUUCCUGGACCGAUUUACUUGUGUGAGAAAUACACUGAGCUAGAAAAUUCAUCACUUGAACGGGUUUUACAAAUUGAAACUCAUAAAAAGCUGAAGGUCACAUGCGUCCUACCUCCUAUUCCUCAUGAUCCAGAAGAUGAUGUCUCCAUGGAAGACGAACAUAGUGACGAGUUGGAAUCUGUGAAAGAUAUAUCCAAGAAAGGGUACAAGUUUAAAGCCGAUGAUUGGAAAAAUAGGUCUGUAGACACAUUGGACACAUUGGAUGCUCUUAUCAUAUGA